GCGCUGCGAAGGCCGCUCCAGCACAGCGAUGGCGGCGGCCGAGCCGUGGGCGCGGCGCUGGCCCUGCUGGCCCUUCUGGCCCUUCUGGCUCCUGGGGCUGCAGGCGGUAAGUGUAUAUGGAGCACAGCUGUCAUCAGAAGCUUGCAGAGAGCUGGGCUUCUCCAGUAACUUGCUGUGCAGUUCUUGCAAUCUUCUUGGGCAGUUCAAUCUGAAUCAGUUGGAUCCAUUCUGCAGGGAGUGCUGCCAAGAAGAAGCUCAGUUGGAAACUAGAAAGCUUUAUGCAGGAGCUGUCCUAGAGGUAUGUGGAUGAAAAUUGGGAAGGUUCCCUCAAGUCCAAGCUUUUGUCAGGAGUGAUAAGCCAAAGCUCUUCAGGGGACUGCAAAUCAAGUAUGUGCGUGGUUCUGACCCUGUACUAAAGCUGCUGGAUGACAAUGGGAACAUUGCAGAAGAACUGAGCAUCCUCAAGUGGAAUACAGAUAGUGUGGAAGAAUUUCUAAGUGAAAAAUUAGAACGUCUAUAAAUCAUUGCUUUCCAUCCUCUCUCUUUUUCAUAUUUUGUCAUGGUAAUCUUCUCAGAUGAAUUGUCCUACAAUUGAAAACACAUUCCAGCUUCUGUAUUUGUUUUAAAAUAUCUGCUGUGCUGUACUAAACAUCUUGUAAUUAGAAGGGAAGCUUCAGCACACAUAUCUGACAAGUUGACAAACAAUAGCUUGUCUUAACGUUAUUAUUUCAGCUCUUAAUGCAUUUGUCACUAACAAAAUGCCUCGUUUUAAAGUUAAUUAUGCAAAUAUCAGUUUGUUAUAAUUGGACCUGUUUUUACAAAUGCUCUUAAAAUCGAAGAGCUUCAAAUAAUUGAAAUGAUUGCCAUGCUUUUUGUCUGCUGCUUUUUCUAAGGAAGUCAGAACCAAAUGCAAUUUUCUAUCUCCCAAAGAAACUUGGCUACUAAUGCCCUCUUCUUUUUUUUUGUAUUUGAACUGUCCUUUUAUAGAAGCAUUGUUUACAGUGAGUAUCUAGUUCACAGGUUUUGAAGCUGAUGGAGGAACUCAUGCUCUGAUACUGUGAAACAUUUAGUAAGUACACUUUAGUGAAGACUACAUAGAAAACCUCUGAGGUAUAUGGAAGUCAGAUGUCAGGUGUGCUUUACAUUAAGUGUUUUGCUUCAGAAAACAUGAGCUAUAAGUUUUGAAAAGCUUUCCUUCUAACUUUCAGAAAUUUAUUGUAAGCCUGUUUAUCAAAUUAAUUUAGAAGCUGUUCUUCUAAAAUGUAUAUUUUUCUUUGUCACUUGAAAUUUAUGUGAACAGGGAAUAUAGACAGUACAUAUGAUAAUGAGUCAUAUCCAUUAAGACUUGUCAGGUUUUCCCAGUUAGAAUCAAUAAAUAUGGUAAUCAAGAAUAAUGUGGGUUUUUUUCUAAAGCCUAAUUAGUAAAUAAAUUUUCCCUUUAACUACUUAAUUCUCACCAGUUUUUGGUUGGCUGGGUGUUAUGCUAUGACUUGAAGUGGUACUCAGGUUUUGUCUUCAUAUAUAAUUUUAUAUCUCAAGAUCUGGGAAUAUAUCUCCAGCAAUUUAUAUCUCUAUAAUUACAGAUCUUAUUCCCAGCUUUGGAGAAGAACUCAUCAGCUUCAUAGCAGAACAAUAAACCUGGGACUUGAGACAACACUAAACUAUCAGGAGCAAUAUUCAAAGGAGAUUCUUUAGGCAUAGCCUUCGGAGUUUUUAUUCCUGAAAUAUUCUUUUAAACUCGUAGAAGGUUCGUGCAGCUGGGUCACAUGAUGUCUCGCUCUCAUGCUAUGUCUUUCACUCCUGUCCUUGUGAAACAUGCUCCUGGCCUCCCAGAUGACUCAGUGUGAGACAGCUACAACAGUGGUCACCACUGUCUUGGAGAAACAUAAUCUGUACAUAAAAAGCACAAAUCUUUGCAGCUUGUGCUGACUUAUUAGAGUCAAACAUGGAUUUGUUCCUGGGAUAUAUGAAGUAUUAGUCAGCAGAGGAGCUACAACCAAAGCAUGUGGCAUGAUGACCAGUAUUUUGGUAGCAAAAACAUGCUGCCAUCCACUGGUCUUUUAAUAUACUGACUGUAUUCCAUA